AUGACCUUCGACCUGAUCCAACACGUCAAGGCUCGCACCCGGAGUGUGCAUUUCGACAAAGGAACCCUUUCUUUGACUUUUACAUCUCCUGCCGAGUCGAGUGCGAAAACGUCCAAUGAUUCCAAGCGAGCGAGCAGCCUCCCGGUGGGACAGGAGAACCAAACCCCAUCUCCUGAUCCCAACCGUGCAACCGUCCAACAGUAUCGCAGCAUGCUCGAGGUCGAAGCAGAGGAACCUCCUACAUUGGGCCCGAUGAAUCCCAUGAGCUUCGAUGAGUUAUACGUCGACCCUACCCAGUCGGUUGAAUGGAAUCAGCCCAGACCUUCGAGAAUCGGCACCAAGAAAAUCGCCAGAUUGACACUCGGAAGUGGCCAGCCAAGUGCAGCAGAUUCAUCGACUUCUCCCGGCAGCGAAUCCCCGGCUCUGGCCCCUUCAGCCUCGCCCCCUAAUGUUCCCUCACAGCCGCCUCCCGCCGCUGACAACCGGAACAUUGUCCGAAGAAAGCUGACUGGAUAUGUUGGUUUCGCCAACCUGCCCAACCAGUGGCACCGCAAGAGUGUCCGAAAGGGCUUCAACUUUAACGUGAUGGUUGUUGGCGAGUCUGGCCUGGGCAAGUCUACUCUGGUUAACACCCUCUUCAACACCUCGCUCUACCCUCCCAAGGAGCGCAAGGGCCCUAGCCUGGACAUCAUUCCCAAGACCGUCACCAUUCAGUCCAUCAGCGCCGACAUUGAGGAGGCUGGUGUCCGUCUUCGCCUCACCGUUGUUGACACCCCUGGGUUCGGUGACUUUGUGAACAACGAUGAGUCGUGGCGCCCCAUUGUCGACAACAUUGAGCAGCGAUUCGACUCGUACCUCGAUGCCGAGAACAAGGUCAACCGCAUGAACAUUGUCGACAACCGAAUUCACGCCUGUGUUUUCUUCAUCCAGCCCACUGGUCACUCCCUCAAGCCUCUUGACAUUGAGGUGAUGCGACGCCUCCACACCAAGGUCAACCUGAUCCCCGUCAUUGCCAAGGCCGAUACCCUCACCGAUGAGGAGAUUGCCAACUUCAAGGCCAGAAUCUUGGCCGACAUCAAGUACCACGGCAUCCAGAUCUUCGAGGGCCCCCGAUACGAGCUUGAUGACGAGGAGACCAUCGCUGAGAACAACGAGAUCAUGUCCAAGGUUCCCUUCGCCGUUGUUGGUGCCAACAACGAGAUCACCAGCGCCGAUGGUCGCAAGAUCCGUGGCCGUGCUUACCCCUGGGGUAUCAUCGAGGUGGAUAACGAGGAGCACUGCGACUUUGUCAAGCUCCGACAGAUGCUCAUCCGAACCCACAUGGAGGAGCUCAAGGAGCACACCAACAACCAGCUGUACGAGAACUACCGUACCGACAAGCUGCUCGCCAUGGGCGUGUCGCAGGACCCCAGCGUGUUCAAGGAGGUCAACCCCGCCGUCAAGCAGGAGGAGGAGCGCGCCCUGCACGAGCAGAAGCUCGCCAAGAUGGAGGCGGAGAUGAAGAUGGUGUUCCAGCAAAAGGUCGCCGAAAAGGAGAGCAAGCUCAAGCAGUCAGAGGAAGAGUUGUAUGCCCGACACAAGGAGAUGAAGGAGCAACUCGACCGCCAACGAAUGGAGCUCGAAGACAAGAAGCAGCGCAUCGAGAGCGGACGGCCACUGGAGAAGGAGGGCAAGCGAAAGGGCUUCUCCCUGCGCUAA